AAAGCAUUAAUUACACCAUCUCAACACCACUUAGUCUUAGACUUAGAAAUUUGAAGAUUUUGCAAAAAUGGUGUCAUCAAGAGUCUCUGUUUACGCCUGUGUGCUUCUACAAGCCUUGCUUUUGCUACCGAAUCCAGCCAUCUCUUCUGAUGAAAAGGACAAUCUUCUUCAAGGAAUUAACAGCUUUCGGCAAUCCAGAAACUUGGCAGCAUUGACGAAGAACGAGAAUGCCGGAUGUGUGGCAGAUGAAAUUGCGGAAGCGUUGGAAAAGAAACCAUGCAGCACGAUGGCCGGUGCAAGCACCGUCACAAGCACCCGACCUCAGUACGCUGACUAUCCAAGCGUCAUAAAGAAAUGCAACCUUGAUUCCAACACGACUGCUGAUGGAGUUAUACUGCCGGCUUGUGUGCCUAAAAGGGUUCCGACGCUUGUUCUCACAAAUUACACGCAGUCUUCGUACGCUAGCUAUCUUAAUAAUUCUAGGUACACUGGAAUCGGUUUGGGUAAGGAAGAUGACUGGAUGGUGGUGGUGCUCACAACCAACACUCCUGCCGGAACUUUUGCUAACAUGGCUGCACCGAAGGUCGGUUCGAUGUUGCAACUAACUCAGUGUUUUUUGGUUUUGAUGUUGGUUUGGUUUGGAAUUUGUUAAGUGUAUGGUGGUGGUAGAUAAUGGAAAGGAAAGAGUGUUUUUUUUUU